AUGAUAAUUGUUAGAUUUGAUCCUACGACUCAUUCUAAAUGGAAAGUAUGUGGAUGUGAAAAUCUAGAUGGUGAAGGUAAUAUUCACGUAAAAUGUCGACGUCAACCAUGGACCACUAUACCAGUCAUUCCUUAUGACAACCGUUCACUCUAUUUUCACAAUGACACUGUUUACAAUAUAGUUGCUCUAUCAAUAGUACAUAGCAACAUAGUAUCUAUCAGUCAGGAUGCUUUCAAAAAUCAAGACAUUCAUAUUCUCGAUCUUACUGGUAACCACAUUGAAACAAUUAACGCCAACGCAUUCCGUGGUCUUGAGAACAAACUUUAUCAAUUAACACUUAACCAAAACAGUUUAACAACGAUACCAUCGUGGGCUAUGACGUAUCUUCAUCAACUUCAAUAUUUACAUUUGGUUCAUAAUAUGAUUGCCAACAUUGAAUCUGAUACAUUUGAUGAAACCCAGCUUGAAAAUUUACAUUACCUAAAUCUCGACUACAAUCAGAUCAGUACAUUACCAACAAAAUCACUUCUUCGACUGCCACUAGAAGUAUUAACGCUCUCCAAUAAUCGAAUUAAUGAGAUCGAAAAGCUAGCAUUACCACCAACUGCGUGGUUUUUGGAUUUGAAAAACAACGUUAUACCUCAGAUACCUUAUCUUGCUCUACGUGAAUUGAAAGAAUUACGAACAUUGGAUUUAGAAGGUAACAAUAUCACUGAAAUUGACAGCAACCAUGAAGUGGAAUUUCUAUCGGAAAUCAACUUAAACUUGGGCAAUAAUCGCAUCAAACAUAUCAAAGAUAACGCUUUUAGUAGCUUCCGAAAGUUUGGUCGAUUAGAUCUCAGCUACAAUCAGAUUUCGGCAAUCUCCAGUACUGCUUUUGAAUCCGUCAGUCAAAUGCGACAAAUUGACCUAAGCUAUAAUAAAAUAGCACACAUACCGACAGGGACAUUUAAGAAUAUUGCAAAAUCAUUGCGAUGGAUGAAUUUGGAAGAAAAUCAACUACAUCAGUUACCGAAUGCUCUGCAACCACUGCGAACAUUAGAAACAUUAAAUCUCAACGGAAAUAAGUUAACUGCAAUGAAUAAUCACACAAUCAAUAAUAUGAAACCAGCUUUAACCGAACUUCUACUGGCGUUUAAUCGCCUAACCGAGAUACCGACUCAAGUACUACAUGGAAUGAAACGACUGCGACAUCUUGACUUAUCAAAGAAUAGAAUUCGAUCCAUGGGACGUUUAGCUUUCGGGAAAUUUGAUGGCACAGGAACUAGUUUAGUGAAACUAAAUUUAGCUGGAAAUAUGAUAGUCAAUAUUAGUGAUCCCGGAGCUUUCCUUUACAUGAGUUCAUUGGCAUACCUUGACUUAUCUUAUAACCGCAUAAGCUAUCUAAGUGACCACGCAUUUGAACGAUUAGAAGGUUUGGAGUCACUGUUUCUGCAGAAUAAUGAACUCAAUCGAUUCCCUAUAAACGCAAUUAAUCAUGCGAAGCGACUACGUUACCUACUAUUAAGCGAUAAUCCGAUAGAAGUUCUGCCGGAUUUCCUUCUUCAAAGUUUUCCGCAACUGGAACGUUUGUCACUUAGCAACACAAAACUCCGAACAAUUACGGAUCGCACAUUCUCCACUUAUUUUACAUCAAAUUUACGCUUUUUAAAUUUGGCUUCUAGCCGUAUCAGCCAUAUUUCUAGCAAGGCAUUCAGAAACAUGACCAACCUGGAACAACUGCGACUCAGCAACAACAAAAUAACAAGUAUCCAGACACUGACACUUUCUUCGUUGAAUAAUUUGCGGCAACUUCACUUGGAUGCAAAUGGAAUUAUGAUGGCAGCUGAACGAUCAAUAAGUGAUAUGCCGUCCUUAGAAUAUCUAACAUUGGCUCACAAUCGUUUGCAACAUCUAAGCAAAGCAGCUUUUGUAAAUUUGCACAAAUUGGAGCGACUAGAUCUGAGUUAUAAUGAAAUCCAAGCAUUUGAUUUCACUUUCUUGGCACAAAGUUUGGUAAAUCUCAAAGAACUGGAUUUAUCAUUUAAUCGCAUUAUCACGAUUGAUUUAACUCCUGCAAAGCGCACUUUGGUAUAUCUAAAUCUUGCACAUAACCAGCUGCAAUCAAUCGGAAAAAAUAUGCUUUACGAUUUUAGCCAACUCAAAGUGCUCAAACUAAAUCAUAACGAACUGAUAGAGGUUCAAAAUAAUGCACUUACAACAUGUAAAGUGCUUACUGAACUUGACUUAUCUUAUAAUCAUUUAACCACGUUGCAUAAAAGUACGUUCGCGAACCAGAAUGUUUAUGACAGCCUUAUUUUGCGGAACAACGCCAUUACAAACAUGGAUACUGGUACAUUUGGAGUAGACAAUGUUCGAAAGCUUGACCUCGCAUAUAAUGAACUCAAAAAGAUACCUCGACAUGCACUCAUUUCUAUUCAGAAAAGCCUCACUAUCCUAAAUCUAAAAGGAAACUGGAUACAACUUUUACAAGCAAAUGAUUUCGAAGGCAUGGAAAAUCUAACAGAGUUAAUAUUAACGGACAAUCAUAUAGAUACUGUUGAAGAAGCGGCAUUUUCAAAAUUGCAAAGGCUUAUAAAAUUAGAUCUUAGUCAUAACCCUAUUACGUCGUGGAAUCCUCACGCUUUUAGAGAUCUCAGUAAAGCUGUUGAAGUACUUGAUCUAGCCAAUACAGGUUUGUUCUCUUUGCCGAAAAUUGAUAACAGUGGCCUUCGACUUCUGAAUAUUAGCAGCAACAAAAUCCAUGAAAUUAGUGCGGUAUGCUUAUCCCAUAACCGAAAACUGACAACACUUGACAUAUCCUACAACAACGUCAGAGAACUUUCUCCUCAACUAUUAACGGACCUUGUUGAACUAAAGCACUUAAAUCUUUCCGGUAACCCAAUUGCGGAAGUUACCGACAAACACCUUCGUAAUUUGUAUAAUCUCGACACGCUAAAUUUAGGCGAUAUGAAAGAUCUGCUUCGCUUACCAGAAUCAUAUUCAUUUCGAAAUUUACGCCAUUUGCGAAAUCUACAAAUCUACAAUCUCCCACAAGUACAUGUCUACAACAUACCAGACAUCCUCAAGCAUUUACCUCCAUUACGAACUUUAACGCUCGAAAUAAAGGAACCACGCUUGACGAAUCAAUUACAUAGCGCCGAUCUCAGGUUACUGAGAAAGAUUGUUAUAACAGGAAAGCGAAUGCUCAAAAUCGACAUGGGUGCAUUUGCUCAGCUACGUGGUUACAAGAUAGAUCUAACAGUACGUGAUACGGGAAUUGAAAUAUUCCCGCCAUCUGUAUUCGAUACUUUAAAUUCCGUCAGUUUUCUUUCACUUUCAUUACUAAAUAAUCGCUUACGAACAUUUGAACCAUUUCGACAUAACAAACCGCCCGUGCUUAAUCAGCACGGCACUAUUCUGCAGAAUCUACAGUUGGUGGGUAACCCAAUUAUAUGUGACUGUCGAUUGAGCUGGAUCAAAGAGUGGACCGAAUACUACCAAAGUGUUAAUGCAGCUCAUUCAGAACCUUUAAAUGGAACUUUAUGUGCGAAUCAAGUUGGAGGUGCAGCGACACUUCACAACGUCUAUGUUACAACAAAUUCAUUUUCGUGCAAAGAAAUUGAUACCAUAAUUAGUUCUAAUUCAAUCCAUUAUUCACCUACUCUUUUAUACUUCAGCUCACUGUUUUUUUUUAAGUUAUUUGUGUCGUUUACAAGUCGCUAA